AUGAGAUGGCGCGAGAAAGCACAUCAACUCCAUGAGAAAACCAAAGCUGUGUACACUGAAUGCUCCAGUAUUGCACUUGAGGUAGAUUGCUGGAAUUGGAGCAAGGAAGCCCGCCAGAGGAGUGAAGCCAAGGAGCUUCCCUGGGAGGUUACCUGUUACGCAAUCGGCGAACUGUACGUGGCCGGCAUUCAUACCACCAAGAUGAUCUUGGAAAUGUUUGUUAUGGUAUGCAUACUUCAUCCAGAAGUUGUGCGGAAGGGUCAGGAAGAGCUUGACUCCGUCGUUGGUGCAGAAAGGCUACCAUCAUUUACAGGCCUGGAGAGCCUUCCGUAUAUUCGAGCAUUGGUCUCCGAGCUUCUCAGAUGGCGGCCAAUCUCGCCAAUUGGGGUUCCUCAUGCUGUCAUCAAAGAUGACGAGUACCUGGGCUACUUUAUCCCAGCUGGCUCUACAAUCAUUGCUAAUCAGUUGGGAAUGAAUCAUGACGAAACGAUCUUUGAUGACCCCAGUAGAUUUAAUCAAGUUAGAUAUCUCCAAAACCCUAGCCUCCCUGUUUCCGCGUUUGGCUUUGGACGACGACUAUGUCCGGGACAUUACUUAGCACACGGAAGCUUACAUAUUGUCAUUUCACGUUUGGUUUGGGCGUAUGAUAUGUUCUCCGACGAAAACCAACCCGGUGAGCCAGCUAAUCCAACAUUCUUCAAUGCAAGAUUCAGCGUUCGAAGUGUUGACCGGCAGCAGAUAAUUGAAAAAGAAAAGUCUGUUGCUGAUAAAGAUGAAAAAGCGAUAAUGGAGAAGAUUAGAGAUAAGAUUAGGAGCGUUGACAUGUAG